AUGGGUGCUCCCAAAGUUGCCAGAUGUGGAAGAAGAAGGAGAACAAUGGCUGGUAAAAGUUCAAUUAAUCAACCAGGAGCCGGCCAUAGCUCACAUAAACCAAGCAAUUUUGAUUUAGAUGAUCUAGAAUGGACCAACAGGAUUCCAGAGUGUCCAGAAUACCACCCAUCAGAGCAUGAGUUUGAGCAUCCUUUUGUUUAUCUGCAGAAGAUUGUUCAUGAGGCUUCUAAAUAUGGUAUAUGCAAAAUUAUUGCUCCAAUUGCUGCCUCCAAUCCUGCUUCUUUUGUCUUAACGAAAGAGAGAAUGGAUUUCAUGUUUGAAACAAACGUACAGCCUCUUCGACUUUCUAAAUGGAAUGAAAAGGAUAUAAUGACCUUUUCUAUGAGAGGCAGAAAAUAUACAUAUCAUGAAUUUGAGGCUGUAGCAAAGGAGGCCUUUUUCAGAAAAUUUUGCGGUUCCAGAAGUCUUCCUUCUUCAUAUGUGGAAAAGGAGUUCUGGUGUGAGAUGGCACGUGGAGAGAAGGGAACAGUUGAGUAUGGAGUCAAUAUUGAGGGUAGUGCCUUUUCAUGUGAUCCUGAUGACAGGCUUGGAACAAGCAAAUGGAAUUUGAAGAACUUCUCACGGCAGCUGCAGUCUCCAUUGCGUUUAGUUGAUGGAGAAAUUCCAGGAAUAACUGAUCCUAUGCUUUACAUUGGGAUGCUGUUUAGUAUGUUUGCAUGGCAUGUGGAAGAUCAUUAUUUGUGCAGCAUAAAUUAUCAUCACUCAGGUGCAAAUAAAACUUGGUAUGGUGUGCCAGGCUAUGCAGCCUCUCAGUUUGAAAAGACUGUUUUACAUCACGUGUAUUGCAACAAGAUCUUAACAAAACGUGGAGAAGAUGGAGCCUUCCAAUUUCUUGUACAUAAAACAACCAUGUUCCCUCCAAAUGUCUUGUUACAACAUGAUGUGGCAGUAUACAAGGCUGUGCAGAAGCCAGGAGAAUUUGUCAUCACCUUUCCUAGAGCAUAUCAUGCUGGAUUUAGUCAUGGUUUUAACUGUGGAGAAGCAGUAAACUUUGCCACUGGUGAUUGGUUUCCACUUGGGGCUGAAGCUAGUAGGCGUUACGCACAACUUAGAAUGUUGCCUUUAAUUCCAUAUGAGGAACUUCUAUGUAAGGAAGCAAUGUUGGUCUACAAGUUCUCAAAACCCAAAAGUUUCAAGAACAAACCUGAAGACAUGAAAUCUUAUCAAGCUAUUGUUCUUUCUUUCUUGCAUCUUAUGCAAUUUUAUAAGUCAUCCCUUUUGCAACUGAACAGUGCAAAAAAGUUGUUGAGUUCUUCAAAUAAAUCAGGUUCACUGACAUGCAGCCUCUGCCACAGGGAUUGUUAUGUAGCUUACUUGCAGUGCAAGUAUUGCUAUUCUCAUCCAAUUUGUCUUUUCCAUGACAUUGCAACACGGACUUGUUUAUGCGGGAGAGACUAUACUAUUUUUACAAUAAAUGACAUUUUCGCACUGGAAGAUGCUGCCAAAAGUUUUCAACAAGAAAAAGAAUACAAUAAUCGUUGGCAUGAAAACAACAGUGUAAGGGGAACAGCAAAUUCUCCAGUGGCAGCAUCUAAACGAAAAACGAGAGUAGUGGACAGCAUCAAGCACAGUGUUAAGAAUGGGACAAAAAUGAAGAAUUGGAAAAGCAAUGGCCCUCCAUCUGCGAAGGGUACCACAAGACCAGGACUCAUUUAUAACUUGAGAAAAAGCAAAUCAAAAUUGAUCGUAUGA